GUUCUAUAGAACAUAUAAUUGUUAGGGGCGGGCGGAGGAGGAAAUGGGCGAAAGGUUGUUGUGUGGUUGAUCCUGAGGGGUGGAACGUCAUUGUUGAUAUUUUGUGCGUUUGGGCAUUUAAUUUUCAUUUUAAGCCUUCAGUAACGCUCAUUUAUAAAGAUAAGUCAGGAUGGCACAGAGAGGAGGUGCACAACGACCCAGUGGUGGUGGCCAGGGCAAGAUCUGUCAAUUCAAAUUGGUGUUACUGGGUGAAUCUGCAGUUGGAAAGUCUUCUCUUGUUUUAAGAUUUGUUAAAGGUCAAUUCCAUGAAUACCAAGAAUCUACCAUUGGUGCGGCCUUCUUGACACAGACAGUAUGUUUGGAUGAUACCACAGUCAAAUUUGAGAUCUGGGACACAGCUGGACAAGAAAGGUAUCAUAGUCUAGCUCCUAUGUAUUACCGUGGUGCUCAGGCAGCAAUUGUCGUCUAUGAUAUCACAAAUCAAGACACAUUUGGCCGAGCCAAGACUUGGGUAAAGGAACUCCAAAGGCAGGCAUCCCCCAACAUUGUGAUUGCUUUAGCAGGCAACAAAGCAGAUUUAGCCAAUAAAAGGAUGGUGGAAUAUGAGGAGGCUCAAACCUAUGCAGAGGAGAACUCCUUGCUUUUUAUGGAAACCUCAGCCAAGACUGCUAUGAAUGUUAAUGAUAUUUUCUUGGCAAUAGCUAAGAAAUUGCCAAAGAGUGACAGUAAUGCCAGUGGUUCUGUCAGUGGUAAUGUCAGCCUGUCUAAUAACCAGCCAGCGCAGGGUACUGCUGGCUGUUGCAAGUGAUCACCUUUAUUACAGGUGGAACAAUGUGAUGCUAGUGUAAGUUAUGAUACCCAGCUGCUGGUAGCUCACUUUUUCCCAUUGGACUUGAAGAUUGCAACAUUCCUGGGUUCAAAUUUAUGCAUGGGUCUCAACUUUAAUAACAAAAAUCAGCUAAUUUUGGAAACUUAGUCAUUUCUCAGUUAAUCUGUGUCAGGUUUUAAGAUUCAAAACCAUAACCAUAAUGGUACUCAUUAAUGACUGUGUGAUGGUUUUUCUAUAAAAUUUACAUCCUCAUCAUUUUUUUUUUUUUUUCAUACCUAGAAUCACACCUAAGCUUUUCUCAGGCUGCUUGACUGCAGGACCUCAUAUGAGCUCAUAUAGUUUGAAAUUUGUUGUACUUCUUUUUGAUUUUGAUCUAUUGGUAUCAUUUGCACAUUGUAAUGUCAUUUCCAUUAUUUAUCAACUGUAGCAAAUUCCCCCACCCAAACCUGCAAGCAUAAAUGUUAGACAUUUUUAAGAAAACUUUGUGAACACCAUAGGUGACGAUGAGGUUCAAGUGGUGUUUCUUGCCUACCCACAAAGUGAGAAACAUUAUGCCUCAACAGUUGAAAUCUGCUCAUCAAAGUGGAAGGAGAGAAGAAUGUCAUGUUAAUACAGUUUAUCAGUAAUAUAUGGAACUGGUAGUUAAGUGUUUGUUGUACAGUAUGUUGACUGCAUGUCCUCUGUAUCAGGGUUCACGACCCGUAACUCCAACCAUCAAUCUGACUUGGACAGCAUGUUGUGUGAGGAAUUGCCAAUCUUGGCGUUGAUUUCUAGCUAACAUGGUCAUACAUGGAACUGUGAGCAUUUGUUAUUCACCUAGCAUUUUUUGUUCACAAUAUACCAUCACACUAAAAAGUAUAGUCACAUCUUAUGCUUGACCAUGAUUGGCCAUGUGAUAAUAAUGUAUAUUAAUUAUUUAAGUUUCUUUUUAUAUAGUAGGGAACAAUGUCAGUAUAUAUAUAUAUAUAUAAAUAUUUUUUCUCUUUUUUUUUUUCUUUUUUGCUAUCAGAGGAGGCAAGACUGCAUUUGGGUAGCAAGACAAAGGUGGCAGCAAGUAGUUGGUUAUUGAUGCCUCACAAGUCUUAACCUUUUGGAUAUGUCAUUUUGCUGUGAUUUAAACACAGGACACUUUUAAUCCAGUGGAGCUGUAAAAACUUUUAACUAAUGCAUAAAUUAUUAUUCUGCUAGAAAUUGGUAUUUGUGUAUUUUGUUGCCCAAAUUUCAUCUUAUUGCCUCAUGAGUCCCCCCCACCCCUCCCCUUUCCUUUUCUUCAUACUGUUAUUUGAUGCUAAUGGCCAAUUAAGUGCUGUAAGAAUGAAAAUGUCCAUUUGUGGUGUGCCGAACAAAGCAGAAAUAUUGCAGUCGUGUUUUUACCCUGAAAAUAUUUUGUAAGAACCUUCAGUAUUGUAGGUAGUCAUAAUUUUCAUCAUAUACAGUGCUAUUUAAAGUAUACAGCAUAUAAUUUAAACGGCUUAUUGAAAGAAUCAUGCUCAUCUGACUAUCUGGUCAGAUUGUAGUUUGUCACCAUGGCAUGACCAUUGUGAGGCAUUUAACCUAUUAAUAUAUGAAAACACCAGCAACCAUGAACUUUACCCAUUAAGUUUGAACUUUUUCCUCUUCCGUUAUCCUUCUCGACAUACUGUAAGGGUCAAACUUGAUUGGCAUGUCAUAUUUGCUAUGCUCAGUUGUGCCUGGGGGUGUUUGAUCCUUAUGCUUGAUUUGUGUGUAACAUCCAUUUGGGAUAUUUACAGUUGUCAAGCCAGGCCCAACUGAUAAUUUUUUUGUGUGUACACUGAACUACAAAGUCAGACAGCGAUCUUGUACAGUUAAAAGUACCUAUUAUAAAUAAUAAAAUUAUUAAAUUAAAA